UGGGAAAAAUAAAGUCGGAAAAAGCAACAAUUUUUACAAGGUUUCAUUCCCUUAUUACACAGUUGUUGGAUUUGAUUCCCUCGUACCACCUCAGGGCGUAUUCCACUUGUACACCUUGUACCAUCACAAUAAGCAAGAACGCCAUUGAAAUUCACCUGAAAAACCAGUAGGAAUAUAUACAGAAAUAAGCAAUAUAUACAAAUACAAAGGAAAGGGUAGAUAUUGCUGCCAAGACUGAUCAGAUAUGGGAUGCAGGAAAGGAGCACUUGCAGAGGAAGAAAACGCCGCCGCCGCCGCCGCCGCCGUGUCUGAGGUUUUGCUUUUCACCACCAUGUGCAUCAUUGGCCUCCCGGUGGAUGUCCACGUGAAGGAUGGCUCAAUUUAUUCUGGCAUAUUCCACACGGCCUGUGUAGAGGACAGCUAUGCUAUUGUAUUGAAGAAAGCAAUGAUGGUCAAGAAGGGGACUCGGAAAGCGAAUGUAACUAGUGGAAGUGUGGUCGAUACACUUGUUAUUCUAUCUGAAGAUCUCGCUCAAAUUGUUGCUAAGGGAAUUACACUCCCAGCUGAUGGUAUUCCGGGAUAUGUGAAGGGUGACGAUGGAGGAGCCAUAGCUGACGAUAUUCCUUCCAACGAGGCUGCAGAGAGGGAGGCGAAGUCUGCAAAGCCUAACGAGUCCAGCACAGAUGCGAUACUGCCCAAUAGAAAAAAAGAUGCUCAAGACAGCAUGAAGGAUAGACCGACAGAUAAUGGAGAGAGCCCCGUGUUUCAACAAGGGAAAAUCGUAAGUCCACAUGAAGCUCGAGGCUCGAAUCCACAUUGUGAGUCACUGGCUAAUGCGUCUUCUGACUUUCCCCUCGUGUCUUUGGUCAAAAUUGAUCAGAACUUCGAACAGAAGAACAUUCAUGAGCGACGAAGCAUAGAAAUUAGUCAAAGUUCCGCUACUCCUCCAUCUAGUGUUCUGAAAGACGGUACACCUAUUGCAGGUGUUACCUCUAAGGUGCCCCCACGAAGUUCAAGCUGUAAUAAAGCUGCAAAGGAGUCUAAGCUCAACCCGGGGGCCAAGAUAUUUCGUCCUUCCAUUGGUCACCAUCGAGCAGUUAACCCUCCUGCGGUGCCAACAAUGGCUUAUGCACCUGACUCCUGCCCCGUGUUACCUGUUGCUACUCCUGAACCCGAAGUUGAAAUCAGUCCAUUUGUUCCUCGAUCUUCUGUACCUAUUAAGUUUGUCCAAUGUAACAAUAUGGUAGCGGGAAAUGGCAAUAUCGAUGUACAGUAUGCCCAACCUGCAAUGGGAUAUAUGGGGAGCCGGGCAGCACCAACUAGGUAUGCUAGUCAGUAUCAUCAACUUCAGGCUGGGAGUGGAUAUGUUCAUCCAAACUCGGAAAAUGUCAUGGUUGGACGACUGGGACCAGUUCUUUAUGUGCAUCCUGUUUCUCAUGGUAUUGUGCAGGGUGCAUCAGGGUUCUCCCAAGUAUCCUCGUGUCCUUUGUUGAAUCCGCAUCAGGCCCAUCUUCCUAAGCAUCAAGGGAAUGCAACCGCGCAAACAUUGCCCGUGUGUAUGACUCCCCCUUUCAUUAAUGGUGCGCAGCAAACAUACACGAUGCCAAGUCAGAUUCCUAUUUCGCAUCCUUCUUUCCCUGUUCUGCGACCGAUGCAAGUUCCGGGAUCCAACGGUUUUUUCAGCCCUAAAUUCGCGUGAUGCUAUCACCGGCAACGAUUCUUCUUUCAUUCUCUCUGAGUUCCAGCAAGUUUUGGCUUUUGAUUUAUAUCAUUACAUGUUUUAUAGGUUAUUCAUUUUUACUGCAUAUGAGAGCAGGCUAUUCUUUCAUAUAGACUGGAUAUUGUAAAUUGAGUUUUGGCAGGCGAAACUGUUAGUUCUCAUUUUUCAAGCAUAGGAAGAUUCUUAGUGAGAGUUUUGGUUUCAGUUUUGAAA